AUGCUAAAGUUUAUCGUCCACACCUACAAAGUCUGUAAAGUUUAUCCUCCACACCUACAAAGGCUGUAUGCUAAAGUUUAUCCUCCACACCUACAAAGGCUGUAUGCUAAAGUUUAUCCUCCACACCUACAAAGUCUGUAUGCUAAAGUUUAUCCUCCACACCUACAAAGGCUGUAUGCUAACGUUUAUCCUCCACACCUACAAAGGCUGUAUGCUAAAGUUUAUCCUCCACACCUACAAAGUCUGUAUGCUAAAGUUUAUCGCCCACACCUACAAAGGCUGUAUGCUAAAGUUUAUCGCCCACACCUACAAAGGCUGUAUGCUAAAGUUUAUCCUCCACACCUACAAAGGCUGUAUGCUAAAGUUUAUCCUCCACACCUACAAAGGCUGUAUGCUAAAGUUUAUCGUCCACACCUACAAAGGCUGUAUGCUAAAGUUUAUCCUCCACACCUACAAAGGCUGUAUGCUAAAGUUUAUCCUCCACACCUACAAAGGCUGUAUGCUAAAGUUUAUCCUCCACACCUACAAAGGCUGUAUGCUAACGUUUAUCCUCCACACCUACAAAGUCUGUAUGCUAAAGUUUAUCCUCCACACCUACAAAGGCUGUAUGCUAAAGUUUAUCCUCCACACCUACAAAGGCUGUAUGCUAAAGUUUAUCCUCCACACCUACAAAGGCUGUAUGCUAAAGUUUAUCCUCCACACCUAAAAAGGCUGUAUGCUAAAGUUUAUCGUUCACACCUACAAAGGCUGUAUGCUAAAGUUUAUCCUCCACACCUACAAAGGCUGUAUGCUAAAGUUUAUCCUCCACACCUACAAAGGCUGUAUGCUAAAGUUUAUCCUCCACACCUACAAAGGCUGUAUGCUAAAGUUUAUCGUUCACACCUACAAAGGCUGUAUGCUAAAGUUUAUCGUUCACACCUACAAAGGCUAUAUGCUAAAGCUUAUCAUCCACACAUACAAAGGCUGUAUGCUAAAGUUUAUCCUCCACACCCACAAAGGCUGUACGCUAAAGUUUAUCCUCUACACCUACAAAGGCUGUACGCUAAAGUUUAUCCUCCACACCUACAAAGGCUGUAUACUAAAGUUUAUCGUCCACACCUACAAAGGCUGUUUGCUAAAGUUUAUCAUCCACACCUACAAAGGCUGUAUGCUAAAGUUUAUCGUUCACACCUACAAAGGCUGUAUGCUAAAGUUUAUCCUCCACACCUACAAAGGCUGUAUGCUAAAGUUUAUCCUCCACACCUACAAAGGCUGUAUGCUAAAGUUUAUCCUCCACACCUACAAAGGCUGAAUGCUAAAGUUUAUCGUCCACACCUACAAAGGCUGUAUGCUAAAGUUUAUCCUCCACACCUACAAAGGCUGUAUGCUAAAGUUUAUCGUCCACACCUACAAAGGCUGUAUGCUAAAGUUUAUCGUCCACACCUACAAAGGCUGUAUGCUAAAGUUUAUCCUCCACACCUACAAAGGCUGUAUGCUAAAGUUUAUCCUCCACACCUACAAAGGCUGUAUGCUAAAGUUUAUCCUCCACACCUACAAAGGCUGUAUGCUAAAGUUUAUCGUCCACACCUGUAG